UGGCUCAUUAAAUUUCUAACGCGGCGCUGAAGUGAUUGAAAUCAGAAGGGUUGUUGCUCCAUCAGAACCGAGCGCAGUUUCGAAAUGGUGUCCCCGGUCACAGUGGUGAAGAGUGAGGGUCCGAAGCUGGUGCCCUUCUUCAAGGCCACGUGUGUUUACUUUGUCCUGUGGCUGCCGACAUCCACCCCAUCGUGGUUCAGUGCCCUCAUCAAGUGUCUGCCCAUCUUCUGCCUGUGGAUCUUCCUGCUGGCUCACGGGAUCAGCUUCCUUGAUGCCCAUCCCAGUGCCCGCCGGAUCUUGGCUGGUCUAAUCUUCUCUUUACUGGGUGAUGCCUUCCUGAUCUGGCAAGAGCAAGGCUACUUUAUUCAUGGUCUGCUGAUGUUUGCCAUCACUCACAUCCUGUACUCCUCAGCCUUUGGGAUGAAGCCACUGAACCUGCCAGUGGGGCUGGUCAUCGCCAUGGUGUCUGGUGUCUCUUACGCCUUGCUCUACUCUUACCUGGCUGGACCAAUCACCUACCUGGUUGCCGUCUACAUUGGCAUCAUUGGUUUCAUGGGCUGGCGGGCCAUUGCAGGGGUCCAGCUGGCCAAUGACCUGUGGACUUGGACCAAACUUUCAGCCUGUUUGGGCGCCAUGUUGUUUAUGGUGUCAGAUCUCACAAUUGCCGUCAACAAGUUCUGUUUUCCGGUGCCCCAUUCCCGGGCCAUUAUUAUGGCCACCUAUUAUGCGGCCCAGAUGCUGAUUGCAUUGUCUGCUGUGGAGUGCCAAGACGAGGACCACAAAAAGAAGAUUGCUUGACGGCCUGGUGGGUUUCCAGUGGAGACCUGAGGGGCUGCCGUGUUGAACUUGUGGACCCUGCAACUGCCGCAACUCCUACUUCAGUCACUGUUCAUUCCGAAAUUGUUCAGCUCCUCCUUUAACAAUGGGGAGGGCAACGUCAUUUAAGGCAACUGUAUGUGGAAUGUUGGCAAUCCAUUAACCAUUUCAAGGUGCUUCAGAGGCUUUGGUGCCCACCUGCCGCCACCCCCAGACCUUUCUUUUCUUUCUGUAAUGUCAGCCAUCUUGCUGAGGUAACUUGCUUAGCUCUGAAGAUUUAACCACAAAUCAUGUAUGGAAAUGUCAGGUUCUUCACUUGGUUUGGCAGUGGGUUCGCUUUAACCUCCUGAUUUCCACCAUUUCCGUCUACUGAUCCCGAUGGGUCAUGUUGUCUUUUACCUCGACUGAUUCCCCACCCCGAACCCCAUUGCUGGUAUUUAUUAUCGUACUGAAGCUUAAUUUCCAUAUUCCAUAAUUGCUUUUUUCCAGGGAAAAUGCCGUGUGCGUUCAGUGUACUUAACUACGCUUCUGUUGGGGCGGCUUGUCAGUUCUGUGCUGUGAUGCGCUAAUUUGGCUUUUCAUGCGUACUGUAGUAUGGACGAAGUGCAAAACGUACAACCUGUGAAGUGCUGGCAUUGAAAGGGAGGCAGGGGAGCCCCUCUAGAAGAUUGGCGACAGAGCUCUGGGGGGGAGGAUAUCAUGCAAAUGUAAGACUUGUGGGAUGGCUCACCCACUUUCCCCAACAUAACCUUUGGGCUUGAAAGGCAACUAGACGUUAAUUAAUAUAGCACCUUUCAGAGUCCACCCCAUUAAAAAAAAAAAAGUAAACAAGAAUAAAAAACAGUAACAAUACAUAGAUAUGAAGUGAUUUACAGUGUACACUGCAUGGCCACUGUGCAGUUUUAAACAAGCAAUGUGGGAAAUAGAGCUUAAGGUACAAGUGUUGAUCACCUUCUGGGAAGUGUGGGCCCAUUUCGCUAAUGCUAGCAGACCCUAAAAAAUUCAUUUAGACACACCUUAUGUGGGAAAAGUGUGUAUACAGACAAGACGAUCGGCAAAUUUGAGAAUCAAUGUAGGGUCUCCCAUACUGUUAGGUGUUAAUCACUGUGGACAAGUUUAUCUGGAAAUCUGGGCAUUCGCAGAUUAUAGGGUAGCAGGUGAAGAAUCGAGAUCCAGAGAUUUUCUUUUGUAGUGGUUGACCACUUCUUUAUGCACAGUCAUACUGGAAAGUGUUUCAACCCUUCAAGGUGCUCAUUAUUUAGAGAAAUUGUAGGAAAUUGAAGUCUUAAUGAAUAUAUGAUAGAACUUUGCUUCCUCUGGUCAGGCAGGAAAUUUGUAGACUGUAGAAGAAGUAUUUGAAAUUUGAAGAAGUAUGAUAACUGUCCAUACUUCUUUUUGUCUCUGCCUCCAUUAACUUAGUUUGCUGCAUGGCGACCUGAACGCUGAGUUUGUUAUACAAGGGUUCUUAGAUCUGCCUGGUUGGUUAUCAUGCACAGGGAAAUCCUGCCGACUACGCCACUGUAAAAAGACAGGAGGGACAAUACAUGAAAAGAGUUGGGGUGCCCAAAACAGUAACCUCAUUGAAUAAAGAAGGUUUUUUUGCAAGGAUGAUAGAACUAAUAAAAAAUAUAAGGACCAAGAGUCCAAUAACAUGAAGGCGUCUUUAGCGAUAAGGUCUGUCCUCGUUGUUAGCAGGGUCCAAACUGAAUGCUGACUUCAUGGUUGGUGCUCUUUGUAAAUAAGGGCCCAGACUGGAAGCGUUUGAGGGUGGGGUGGAAGUGAUGUCAUGGUUUGUCCAUGUUUUCUUCCUUCAUUCUUAGGUGAAACUGGUGGUUAUUGACUGUGUUUCAGUCUUACCAUUUCCCGUGUUUCCUACCUGACCAGAGUCAAUGAAGUGCUCUCGUGGGAUGUGUGUGUGACAGUAUACAGAAUGAAGGCUUCUCACAUUUUAGUAGGCUGUAAUAUUUAACAGAUCACCAGGUAUUCACGCGUGCAAAAGUAAAUGACCCUCGUUUAGUCAACAGCUUGUGGUACCUCCUUUAGCAGCAAUACCUCGACACAGUCACAAUUGUUGUCUAGUUGAACCAUUCACCUGGAAUUUACAAACUGAUGUCCUAAUGUUUGUUUUCGAAUCAUUUUCGUUCGAAUUUCUUAGUGUCUCUCAGAGUUCAUGAUACCAUCAAUGACAUCCUGAUGUCCCUACAAGGACACAGACACAACCAUGCUUCAUAAUGCUGGUCGGUAGUAGGCUGUGUUAGUCCUCCGGAUUGUGAACCUUGCAAGGCAGCAGCACUACCAUUGUGCCACUAUGCUGCCCUCGGCCCACAUUCAUACUCUAUACAUCUAAAAUUUUUAUUUUUAUACUAUAUUGAGGAUUUGUUCUGUUCUGUGUAUUGUA